AUGAGGGGUAUUUGCGUGGACACCAAUGGUACUGCCACUAAAGGGUUCUCGGAACUUGCGUACCGUAUGCGGGAUCAGCAGAAGGAGGUGAGGGGUGGCAUUGUCAGUGAUGGGCAGGGCCCCUUGGAGGAAGAUGAGUCAAGGAUCAAUGAGGAUGCUGAAGACAUAAACAAUGGGCACAUAGAGUUGCUUCCUGUCCAGGUCCAGGUCAAGGCCAAGGCUCAGGCCCACGACCAGGACCAGGCUGUUCUGCAGAGGCAGCAGGAACAGCCUCCAGGGCCUCAAGGAUCAGUGGUUCACUGGGAGCAGUUUCUGCCUCGUAGGUCUCUUAAGGUGCUGCUGGUGGAAAAUGAUGACUCGACUCGCCAUGUUGUCAAUGCACUGCUUCGAAAUUGCAGCUAUGAAGUGAUGGCUGUAGCAAAUGGUUUACAAGCAUGGAAAAUCUUAGAAGAUUCAACCAAUCAUAUUGAUAUUGUAUUAACAGAGGUAGUCAUGCCUUGUUUAUCUGGCAUUGGUCUCUUAUCCAAGAUUAUGAGACACAAAACUUGCAACACCAUUCCCGUGAUUAUGAUGUCAUCUAAUGAUUCUAUGGGAAUAGUCUUUAAGUGCUUAUCGAAGGGUGCAGUUGACUUUUUAGUGAAGCCUAUUCGAAAGAAUGAGCUUAAAAACCUCUGGCAGCAUGUGUGGAGAAAAUGUCACAGCUCCAGUGGUAGUGGGAGUGAAAGUGGCAUUCGGAUGGAAAAAUCUACAAAGUCAAGAAGUAUUCAAGGGUCAGAAAAUAACAGUGGCAGCAAUGAUGAGGAUGACAACAGUAGUGUCGGUUUGUAUGCAAGGGAUGGAAGUGACAAUGGAAGUGGCACACAGAGUUCUUGGUCGAAGAGGGCUGUAGAAGUCGACAGCCCACUACCAAUGUUACCAUGGGAUCAGUUGGCGGAUCCCCCUGAUAGUACCUGUGCCCAGGUUAUUUACUUGAUGCCUGAAGCAUUUAGCAAUAACUGGGAGCCUACAACAGCCACAGGGGAGUGCCACAAACAUGAUGAUGAACUUGAAGAUGUUGCAAUGGGCAAAGACUUGGAGAUAGGAGUUCCUGGAAAUUCAAAUUUGCAGAUGGAAGAUCCAAGAAAAGCAGUAUUGAACAGUAUGGCAGGUACUAAUAAGGACAUGAUUUUUAAUCUGGACACAAAGAAAGAUAAUCAGAAAACAGAAAAAAUAGAACCGAAGGUCAACACUGAAACAGCAAAUGACGAAUUGAGGAAUGAACCUGCUGAUCUUAUGGGUUCCAUCACCAAUGGUACUACUGAUCAUAUAGAAAGUGUAACCGCUGCUCUUCCAAAUGACCUGACUGCCGACAUCAAAGAUAAGAUUACUUGUGAUAUUAAGGAUAUGCCUUUCCUCGAGCUUGGUUUGAAGAGAGAGAGAGAUGUAGGAGAUUAUGGGCCCAAUGUAGGAGAGCAUAAGGUUUUGAGGCAUUCAGGCCUUUCAGCCUUCUCUAGGUACAACACGACAUCAACUGCUAAUCAGACUCCAACUGGGAAUGUAGGCAGCUGUUCUCCGCUUGAUAACAGCUCAGGAGCAGCAAAGACAGAAUCAAUGCAUAAUUUACAAUCCAAUUCAAUUGCCACUCGAAAUCAGUGUUCUAAUGGCAGUAGCAACAACAAUGACAUGGGCUCCACAACGAAUAGUGUUUUCACCAAGCCAGAAGUAUUUAGUGACAAGCCAAUGGCCAACUCUACUGUGAAUGUCCAUCCCUCUUCUGCCUUUCAACCUGUGCAACAAAGCCAUAAUUCUUUCCCCCAGCCUGUAAUACAGGGUAAGGCCAAUGCUGCUACGGUGAACACAGUCUUGGCACAACCAAGGGUCAAACACCAGAAGGUCCAAGUCCAGCACCACCAUCACCAUUACCAUCAUUAUCACCACCAUGUUCACAACAUGCAAAACCAACAGCAACUGCCCAACGAUGAGGAUUUGCAUGUGAAAAACAUAGUUUCAGGAUCUCCACAAUGUAGGACGUCCAAUGUGUUAGGUACACUGAUUGAAGGAAACGCUGCUAAUUACGGGAGUGCUUCUGGAAGUAACAAUGGGAGCAAUGGGCAAAAUGGAAGCAGUGCGCAGAAUGGUAGCAGCGGGCAAAAUGGUAGCAGCACUGCUGUAAUUGCUGAAGGAACAAACAUGGUGAGUGAUGAUGGAGUAGCUGGAAAUUGCGGAGCUGCUGGUGGAAGUGGCAGUGGCAGUGGAAGCAGGAGUGGGGUAGAUCAAAAUCGUGCAACACAGAGAGAGGCUGCUUUGAACAAAUUCCGCCAGAAGAGGAAAGAAAGAUGCUUUGAAAAGAAGGUCAGAUACCAAAGCAGGAAGAGACUGGCAGAACAAAGGCCACGUGUUCGAGGACAAUUUGUCCGACAAGCAGUGAAUGAAAACAAAACCAAUGAUUCAAAUUGCAAGCAUAUCCCUUCUGCCUGAUGGUGCGUUUGAAAUUUUGCAUGACGACUAGCACUAAUUGCGUACAUAGGAGGGGAGCAUUUUGAUAUCAUAGUGGAGAUGUAGACUGAAGUGUGAGAGCAAGUAUUUGGUCAAACUCCAAACUCAUUGAAUGAGGACUCUUGUAAGUAUUUGUGUUGUUACACUUACAUGGCUACCAUUACGAUGACUAGAACCACUAGUGUUGAUCCCCAGAAGGGUAGACUUCUCUAAUAAAAUUCUUCAAUUUGGUGUGUUGUCUUGCCUCUAAAAUCUAUUUCCAGUGGUGGAUGUCUGGAAAU